CCCCUUCUCCCUCCCCCACCCCACCCCCACUCAAGUCCUGUGGACCUGGGGGCUUCGGGAUCUGGGCGCUAUGAAAAGUGUCUGCUCAGUCACUUCCGGUUUUUCUUCCCCCAAUCCCUCAGCUGCUGCUGCUGCUGCUCAGGAGGUCAGAUCUGCCACUGAUGGUAAUACCAGCACCACUCCGCCCACCUCUGCCAAGAAGAGAAAGUUAAACAGCAGCAGCAGCAGUAGCGGCAGUAACAGUAGUAACGAGAGAGAAGACUUUGAUUCCACCUCUCCCUCCUCUUCCACUCCUUUACAACCCAGGGAUUCGGCAUCCCCUUCAACCUCGUCCUUCUCCUGCCUGGGGAUUUCAGUGGCUGCUCCCAGCCACGUACCGAUACAGAAGAAGCUGCGUUUUGAAGACACCCUGGAGUUUGUAGGGUUUGAUGCGAAGAUGGCUGAGGAAUCCUCCUCCUCCUCCUCCUCAUCUUCACCAACUGCUGCAACAUCUCAGCAGCAGCAACUUAAAAAUAAGAGUAUAUUAAUCUCUUCUGUGGCUUCGGUGCAUCACGCAAACGGCCUAGCCAAAUCUUCUACCACCGUCUCUAGCUUUGCUAACAGCAAGCCUGGCUCUGCUAAGAAGUUAGUGAUCAAGAACUUUAAAGAUAAGCCUAAAUUACCAGAAAACUACACAGAUGAAACAUGGCAGAAACUGAAAGAAGCAGUGGAAGCUAUCCAGAAUAGUACUUCGAUUAAGUACAAUUUAGAAGAACUCUAUCAGGCUGUGGAAAAUCUCUGUUCUUACAAGAUUUCUGCAAACUUGUACAAACAGCUGAGACAGAUUUGUGAAGAUCACAUCAAAGCACAAAUUCAUCAGUUCAGAGAGGAUUCAUUGGAUAGUGUUCUUUUUCUAAAGAAGAUCGAUAGAUGUUGGCAAAACCAUUGCAGACAAAUGAUCAUGAUCAGGAGCAUUUUUUUGUUUCUGGAUAGGACUUACGUUCUUCAAAAUUCAAUGCUACCCUCCAUUUGGGAUAUGGGACUGGAGUUAUUUAGGGCUCAUAUUAUAAGUGAUCAGAAAGUCCAGAAUAAGACAAUUGAUGGCAUUCUUCUUUUGAUUGAGAGGGAAAGGAAUGGUGAAGCAAUUGAUAGAAGUUUACUCCGAAGCCUUUUAAGCAUGCUCUCUGAUUUGCAAAUUUAUCAGGAUUCUUUUGAACAACGAUUUUUGGAAGAAACUAACCGACUCUACGCAGCCGAAGGCCAAAAAUUAAUGCAGGAAAGAGAGGUUCCUGAAUAUCUUCAUCAUGUUAACAAACGUCUAGAAGAAGAAGCAGACAGACUUAUUACUUACUUAGAUCAGACCACCCAAAAGUCAUUAAUUGCUACUGUGGAAAAACAACUUCUAGGUGAACACUUAACAGCGAUUCUUCAGAAAGGUUUAAAUAGCCUCCUUGAUGAAAACCGAAUUCAAGAUUUAUCUCUCCUGUAUCAGCUCUUCAGUAGAGUUCGAGGUGGCGUUCAGGUUCUCUUGCAGCAAUGGAUUGAAUACAUUAAGGCAUUUGGUAGCACUAUUGUAAUUAAUCCUGAAAAGGAUAAAACCAUGGUUCAGGAAUUGCUGGAUUUUAAAGAUAAGGUUGACCAUAUAAUUGAUAUCUGUUUCCUGAAGAAUGAAAAAUUUAUCAACGCCAUGAAAGAAGCAUUUGAAACAUUCAUUAACAAAAGACCAAACAAACCUGCUGAACUUAUAGCUAAGUAUGUAGAUUCAAAGCUUCGCGCAGGCAACAAAGAAGCUACAGAUGAAGAACUUGAGAAAAUGUUGGAUAAGAUUAUGAUUAUAUUUAGAUUUAUCUAUGGCAAGGAUGUUUUUGAGGCCUUCUAUAAGAAAGAUUUAGCCAAGCGCCUGUUAGUUGGGAAGAGUGCAUCUGUGGAUGCUGAAAAAUCAAUGCUGUCCAAACUUAAACAUGAAUGUGGAGCUGCUUUCACCAGCAAACUUGAAGGAAUGUUUAAAGACAUGGAACUUUCUAAAGACAUCAUGAUUCAGUUCAAACAGUAUAUGCAGAACCAGAAUGUACCUGGGAAUAUUGAACUAACUGUGAAUAUCCUGACGAUGGGUUAUUGGCCAACAUAUGUGCCUAUGGAAGUUCAUUUACCACCAGAGAUGGUAAAACUUCAGGAGAUUUUCAAGACCUUUUACCUAGGCAAACAUAGUGGCAGGAAACUUCAGUGGCAGUCAACCCUAGGACACUGUGUGCUAAAGGCAGAAUUUAAAGAGGGUAAAAAGGAACUCCAGGUCUCUCUUUUUCAAACACUGGUGCUGCUAAUGUUUAAUGAGGGAGAAGAGUUCAGUUUAGAAGAGAUCAAGCAGGCUACCGGAAUAGAGGAUGGAGAGUUAAGAAGAACACUGCAGUCAUUGGCUUGUGGCAAAGCUAGAGUUCUGGCGAAAAAUCCAAAGGGUAAAGAUAUUGAAGAUGGUGACAAGUUCAUUUGUAAUGAUGAUUUCAAGCACAAACUUUUCAGGAUAAAGAUCAAUCAAAUUCAGAUGAAAGAAACGGUUGAGGAACAAGCAAGCACCACAGAAAGAGUAUUUCAAGACAGACAGUAUCAAAUUGAUGCUGCAAUUGUUCGAAUUAUGAAGAUGAGAAAGACGCUUAGCCACAAUCUCCUUGUUUCAGAAGUGUACAACCAGUUGAAAUUUCCAGUAAAGCCUGCUGAUCUUAAGAAGAGAAUAGAAUCCUUAAUUGACCGGGACUACAUGGAAAGAGAUAAAGAAAAUCCAAACCAGUACAAUUAUAUUGCUUAAAAUGUUGGCCUUGGAGCAUUUGGUGUCAUAAGCAGUAGCCAGUGAAUAAACUAACCUGUUAUUAUUUGACUUCUUUUAUACUACCAAUGACCAAAUGAAGCAGUGUAAUGGAAAUAGUUGAGUGACUUUUCAGUGGUUAACAUGCCCAUUUAAAGAGUAAUACUUACCUUUAAGAAGAAUGCUGUUGAACUCUUUGCAUGUUAUUUAGUAUGAUGUGCAGAAAACUCUUAAGAAAGUACCUGGUCUUCAUGAUUCCUGUUUGGAACUGGGGAAGAGGUCCCUAUGGCUAUUAAAAAAAAGAGGAGGGGGGUUCUUAUACACCAUUAAUUAUGAAGCAAAAGGUUUAUUUGCUUAAAAUGUCAUUUAAAGAUACUUAAACUGCAUGCAAACUUUAUUUACUGUACAGAGUUCUGGAUGUAUUUAUCAAAUAGAAAAACCACCCUGGACUUGGUUGUUCACCUGUUUUGUGAUUUCCCUUGAAGAGAAAAAUAAGUUGUCAUAGCUAUUGAUAUUUUACUAAGUAAUGUUCUGUUACACUGAAAGGGAUGUUUUAAAAAAUUUUAUUUGGAAACAAGUUUUCAAGCAGAGGGAAAGUUGCUUACAUAGUCUUAUAUACGCACAUCCUAAAAUGUUCCCAUGGGAUGUGUGUAUAUGGUUCAGCCCUGAGUUUACUGUGCUGAUUAACAGGUACUUAUAAAAAUAGCUGAAAUAGAAAAUUGCUGGUCAGUUGUACUAGAAGAACAUGGUAGGAGAGAAAAAUCCAACUCUUUCUUCAUAUUAAAAAUGAAUAUAAUAUGAACAUCGCAAAAGAGACCAAAACCCACGUGUUGUGUAACUUUUUACAAGAGCAAAAAUUCAUAAACUAGUUUUCAGCUUCCUUUAGACUUUAAUGUUGUUUGGACAGUUUUGUCUUUAACUUGGACCAAUUGUAGAUUGUUACAGGCUUCCUGGGAUUUAGCAUUCCUAUUUUCUCUACCAAAGUUUUUUUUUUUGAAGCACCUCAACUCUCCUUUUUGUUGGCAUAUAAGCAUUUCCUUUCAUCCUUAUUUUAACUUCCUAAAGCCCUAGAUAGAACUAGAUCCUUCCUCAUUUCCCCCGUACACCCCCUAGUUGGGAAUUUCAAAUUCUGUAUUAUGCUGAUCUUAUUCCUUUCAAAAUUGCUUGAAGAUAAAGAGUUCUCAUAGCCACUGGACACCUACUUUUCAGGGGAAUGUCCUAGGAUUGUUCAUACAUAGAAAAUAGCAAAAGUAUUGUUUUUCAAAUUGAUAAUGUGAGUAAAAUUCUUCUGUUUUACCAUCAUGCUUUUUUCUUUUUGGGUUUGGGGUUCUGUUUUGCUUCCUUGUUUUUCCUUGAAGCUUUGAAGGGAAUUGAUCUUGGAGGAAAAGCAGAAAUUUUGUUUAGAUUUUUUUAAAAAUCAGAACUGCUUUAAUGCUCUUUCACCGCUGUGGCCUCUCCCGUCACGGAGCACAGGCUCUGGACGUGCAGGCUCAGCGGCCAUGGCCCACGGGCCCAGCUGCUCCACAGCAUGCGGGACCCUCCCGGACCGGGGCACGAACCCACGUCCCCUGCAUCGGCAGGCGGACUCUCAACCACUGCGCCACUAGGGAAGCCCGCUUUAAUGCUUUUUUGCAACAGUGUAUUUCCUUGACUAUUUGGAACCAUGAAGAAGAAUACCUAGGUCCUAACCCUCAACUGAGGCUUUUGGCUCUUGUGUUUGCUAUUGAUUGUUUUCUUGAGUUCUCAAAGACCUGUGACCAGCUAUUUUUUUUAAAGUUGCCUGUUUUCUUUAUAAUUACAUCAAACUUACACACUGUUGUCCAACAGUAUGUGAUAUGUAGAAUGCCUUCCUAACUAUUUUUGAGCAGCCAUUGCCUGUAUUUUCUUAGAGCCUCCCUGGUUUCCUUAACUGAGCUUAUCUGACAAGGAAAUGCAGCUAUUUUGUUUGCCCUCUCUCCAUACUGGACCAUCUAAGUCAGUGUUCUAACUCAUCCCUGAUGGUCUGUGAGAUAUGUAGACUGUUCCACCAGACUCGAUAAUUACUCUUACGGAAUUUUUAGGUAGAAUUGGUACCAUUAGGAGACUCUUGGUGUUACCUUUGUUGUCUUGAAAGCUGGUCCCUUCCCUGAGGCUCUUAAUUUUUUGAAAACUUGAUGCUAUUUCAGCUGAAAAAAACUGGUGAGACUAUUAAACAAAUUGAGGGGAGCUGUUUAAGAAAUUGAAAAGUAAUCGCAAACAACAUUGGAUAAUUGUGACUUUCAGUUCUGUAUCAGUUGAAUUUUUGUGCUCUUUUCCCUGUGUACGUGGUGGUUCUAUUUU